AAACAUCGACUAUAUAGAAAAGUUAGUUAACGCACUUAACAUAACAGAUCACUUAGAACAAACUUUACGAUUCAAAAUUAAAAAAGCAAACGAAAAAUUAAAUGGAUUCUACCCAAAAAGAUUUAGGAGAGGACUAAUCAACGCACUAGGCAAAGCUGUUAAAUUCAUUGCUGGAAACCCAGAUGAAGAAGACUUAAUGCUCAUCAAUAAAAAUUUAGAAAUUUUAGAAAAUAACAGCAACACAAUAAUUGAUAAUCAAGCAAAGCAAAUUAAAAUCAAUAGUUUAUUUCAAACAACUCUGAAUAAAGUCACAAAAACCCUCAAAUUAAUCAAAGAUCAAAUCUUCUCUAACGACACACAUUUUCGAAAAGAUCUAGAAGUUAUAAAUCUUAUAUUCAACUUAGAGAUAUUAAUCAAAACACUAGAAGAACUAGAGGAACAAAUUGCCUUUUCUAAAUCCAACUUUUUAAACAAAAAUAUUCUUAGUUCUCAGGAGAAAGAAUAUAUUUAUAAAUUUUUGGUUAAUCAACAAAUAGACAUCAAAUUCGAAGAAGAAAUUUAUAAAUUUGUAAAAGCAAUAGCUUCUCUGCAAAACAACCAUGUUAUAAUAAUUGUUAAAAUCCCAAAAGUAGAGCAGAAGGAAUAUACGCUGAUACAACUGGAACCGGUCAACAUUAACGGCAGCCAAAUCAACACGGACAUCCGAUACCUAACCAUACACCAACAAACGUUUUUCGAGCAAAAGGAAAAAUGUUAUAUUUGCGACAACACAUAUCCUGUGAAAGAUGAAUGCAUUUCAAGAAUACUGACGAAUCAACAAGCAAAAUGCCCCAUGUCCAAACAGCCGGAUCAACCGAUCAUUAAAGAAAUAAAUGCAGGAACGAUAUUGGUCAACAGUCACAAAGCAAUCAGCAUACUGGACUCAUGUGGAGAUUCUCGGAUCAUCUCAACACCUAUCAUUAUCGAGACAGAUACAAAGCCAAAUCGACUGAGCAUCAACCUGCACACGAAGAAGGAAGGAUUACCUUACAAUCUUUCAGCUUGAAACCAAAGCUUCCAGGAGAAGUACCUAUUGAGACAAAACCCAAGGACCAGGGAGCAACCCUAAAUUCUACAUCGAAAGCAUUCUUCUCAGCAUCAGGAUUUACAUCGCUUACGAAGCAUCAGAAGUCAAACGAGGACGCUUGACACUUGAGGGGGGUGGCGUUAUAACAUUUCCCACCGGCUACCUAUGACGUACAACAUUUCCCACCGGCUACCUGUGAAACAGAAUGGAAUAGCGCCACGCGCCAGACAGGUGAACGAUGGUAUGGUAUCAGGUGACACACGCGCAACCGCGCAGGGGACAACCUGGACGACGUGGACGACUCGAACGGUGACCGACGCGAUGAUGGUUAUUGCUGACUCGUUAAUUAUAGUUUAAUAAAACAAUCAGGGAAUCAGCUUUGCUCUUCAGUCUUAGUUUAGGAUCAAGUGAAUAAAGUUAAAAAGUGAAAAGUGUAACAAAAGUA